GCUCUCCUGGCGGGGCGGGGAGCUGCGCAGCGCCCGGGGCCGCCCGGCAGGGAUCGCAGUCUCCUUUGUUUGCAGGCGCCUCGCCCGGCCCGGCCCAGCCCGCGGGGCCCCGCAGCCCCCACGGAGCCGGGCGGCGCGGGGCCCAGGAGGCGAUCUGCCCGGGCGCCCUUCAAGGCAGGGCUCUCGCCCUGCUGUUAGGAGCCCGCCCGGGGCUCUGCGUGCGCGGAGCGAGCACCGCCCUCCUCGGCUGGGGCCGGGGUCAACACUGGCACCAGGGGGAUGGGCGCUUCCUCGGCACGUGCUAGGCACACCUCGUGGAGGGGCUGUUGUGACCCCGUCCCGCUCCCGGAGCUAGAGCUUUAUCUCCGGUGGUGUUGCUAACCUAGCACUGUUACGCUUCUCUCUCACCGCCCGGCUGCCUGCCUUGUGCAACAUUUGAAACAUGAACAGCAAUACGCGUUACCAGUUUUCAAAGCUGGAACACAGUUGUCUGCGACGUUUCCAAACUAAUCUUUCCACAAGGAAUUUGUAAAUCCUUUGUAAUGGCCAACAAGAAAGAACCUCCUUUUUUCAAUGAUGAUAACGUGGGACCGUUUCACUACAAACUUCCUUUUUAUGAAACUAUGGAGCUCUUUAUUGAGACGCUUACAGGAACGUGCUUUGAGCUGCGAGUGGCUCCCUUUGAAACCGUGAUUUCCGUGAAAGCUAAAAUUCAAAGAUUGGAAGGUAUUCCUGUCUCUCAGCAGCACUUAAUUUGGAAUAAUGUGGAGUUGGAGGAUGACUAUUGCUUGAAUGAUUACAACAUUUCAGAAGGUUGCACUUUGAAGCUGGUACUGGCUAUGCGAGGUGGGCCUAUUAACACUAGAAGAGUUCCUGUGGAAGACCCUAUUAGGGAAAUGGCUGAAUACAUGGACCCCAGUCGAGAUGAGGUCUGGGAGAAGGGGCCAUCCAACAAACAAGUUACCUUCUUGGUGUACCGGGAAGGAGAUCAGUUGAAUUUCUUCCGUGUUGUAGACAGGGGGGAUGGCACUUUAACACCAUUAUCUGAAUCUUUAAGUGGUGGUUCAGUUUAUAACUUAUAUGCAGAUGACGACGAAGAAUCAGAGGCAUCUCCUUCUGGCCAACAGAUUAUUGAGAACUCGAUUACUAUGAAUAAAAUGAAGCUGCUCAAGGCAAAGAUGGAGAACAUGAAUCUCAGUAAAAAGCCUAAGAAGACUGUCAAGGUGAAACCUCGUCCACCUAUGACUCCUCGACCGUCUAGCAGUUCAGCAGCAGCUGCUCGUCACCGGUUUUUAAGAGUACUCCCCCACAUUGGACAGUCCUGCCUACCUCCUUCUGGGAAUUCGUAUCCCUCGGAGUCUUCCCAGAAUGCACUUUCAGCUUUGGCUACUUUGGCCACUGCUGGUAGAACAAUGCCAUCCAUUACUAGUGACUUUCUUAAGGAAGAUGACAAUUGGGAGAGCACCUCCCGGUCUCAGUCAGUUAAUAGCAUUCGACUACCACCGAAAAUAUCUCGUGUCGAACUAGAAAAUGCAAAACUUUCUACAAAUAACUUCCUUCCCCCUGUCCCAUCGCUACCUACAAAUUCCAAAAAAGCUUUAGAAAAUGUGACAUCCACAAAUGAGAACGAUCCUGUCUUGAAUCCACCUCUAACAAACGUAGAACUGUGUGCAACAGAAGACAAGCUUCUACCUGAAACAGAUGCUUUUGCUUUGUUAGCAGAAGCAAACACUGCUGAACAGUAUAGUGAGUUAUAUGGAAUAGGGAAGCUAAACCCCGAGCUUGGACUGUGUGAGGGGGAUGAGGAAUCUAAGGCUGUAGAACAGCAUAGCAAACCCAUUACAAACAUCUUGAGUGCUACAACAAUGGAGGCUGGGCUUCUCAACACUCGUGAACUAAGUCCUCCGAAGAACACACUCUUGUCACCUCUUCGAUAUUCAGCCCAAAUGGCACAUCACAGUUCUCUGAAACCACAGACACAACCCAAAUGCUUUGAGGUCAGUAACUUGAGACCUGCUGCCUCCCCAAAUCUGCUCCGAUCUUUGGAGGUCCGUAAUUUGGCAGACUCCUCUUUUCCAAGGACUACAAGAUUUCGUGGUGUGAAGGUAGACUCGCCUGGCAAAAGACCUGAUAUCAUUUCUAAAAUAGAGGCUAGGGACAUCACAGAGGUGGCAAACAAGGCAUCCAAAGAACCUGUGGGUUCUGUAAAUAACUUAGAAUUUCUAGCUUCGCUGGCCCGAAGCACAAGCAGGGAAAGUUUACAGAAUUCCUGCGGGACAGGCAGGUUUCGGACUUCUGGUAUUGCACUACCUACGAACCUCCAGCGUUUUCAGGAAGAAAGCUUUAGGAAAGCCUCUCCCCCAGAUGAAGCUGCUGAAUACUUCCUAUCUGCCCAUGGGCUUGGAAUGAAUGGAAAUGUUGCAGCUUCAGGGAAAAGAGUAGCAGGUGAAGCAACCCAUCUCCCACCUGUGAAUGGUUCAAUGCAAACAAAAAAGAAAACUACAAAGCACUGCUUUCUCUGUGGCAAGAAAACUGGAUUGGCAACCAGCUAUGAAUGCAGAUGUGGAAACAACUUCUGUGCAACUCAUCGCUAUGCAGAGACUCACACCUGCACCUACGAUUACAAGAGUGCGGGGCGGAGGUACUUGCAGGAAACUAAUCCCGUCGUUAGUGCACCAAAGCUUCCCAAAAUCUAACCAUGGUUGUGCUGCAUGUGGCUGUGCUGCCAUGGCGGAAUUGUAUUACAUUGAGAGAAGCAGCAUUUGCUUCGACUGCAUUUAUUUUGCCCUGCUCCAUAUCUAAAGAUUUGCCAAGUAACAAAAGCACAUGAGGAUGCAUCUGAUUGAAGAAUAAUGUGAACACUACUGUAGCUGACACCUUUAUUCUUUAGUGAAUCAAAAGUUUAAAAAGUAGUUUUUAAAAACUUACACUAUGAUUUUAACUGUUCUUGCACGUCUUGUGUUAAGUGUUUUAUAUCUGAAAAUGCUAUUUCACUAGACAAGUCUUUAAAAGAUGCACUUUACUAAGUUUCAUAUUUACUGUAUAACCAGACUUGAGGGGGUGCUGUAAUGAGGGUGUCAUGUAAUGUCUCUGUACUCUACCUUGUGUUUUGUCCAUUGUGUGGUAUCUUAAGUUAUUUCACUAGGAAGUCUCCCCCUUACUUCGAACCACCUGUCCAGAGCUUCAAAGAGUGUGGUACUUUCUGCACUUCUGUUCCGUUCAGAUUGGCAUUCAUAUACUGUGUAUCCAUUCUGCAAAUAACAUAUCAUGGUAAUCACACUAUUUCUUAAAAUACUACUCUUUAUAUGGCAGUUUUUUAAAAUAGAAAAUUCCCUUUGUUGCCAUUAAAUACAAGGAACAACUUAUUUUAACUUUUUUUGUAAUCCUAGAUUUUUUAAAACUUCACAACUUGGUUUGUUAAGAUGUUGAGUGCUGUUACCAGAAGAAAUUCUAAUAAAUAUUAAAUUUUAUUCUGGUUUGCAUGCGCUUAUCAUAAGCUCAGUACUAACUUUUAAUAUUUUACAGGGUGCUGGAAGUGAAGGGAGCGUUCUCAGAAGCUUACAGCAUUGCCCUAACUCUGUUCUCAUUGAAAUCAGUGGUAAAACUCCCCUUUAGUGGGAAUAGCUAGGCCAAAAUUGAGCAUCUUGAAAGUCUCUCUGUCUUGCAAACAAGCCAGUCAAACCAAGCAAAUCUAGGUGCUACCAGACUUCAGCAGAUGUUUAACACGCCAGGCAAUAUUGUUGGCAGCCUUUACCACCUUGUACCAACAUCGCACUGGGCCAGUUGGGUACUUGUAGGGGAGACCUCCAAGGAACACACAGGUGCUGCAGAAAGUAGUGUUAGAGCACCACCUACUGAAACCAUUUCUCCUUCUACUCAUUAAGUAUUAAAACAUCCCGGUCUGGUACUGGGGCACUAUGCUACUAGAGGAGCCUUAUUAUGAAUAUGUUUUAAAACUGCACUCCCAGUCAUGUCUGGCCAUUACAAUGUCAUGGCACUUCUGAAGAUGUAGGGUGUUCAACAGACAUGCAGCCAAGUUCUGACUUGGAUAACUUGUCCACUCUCUUGUCUUCUAAAUUCCCUCACUGACUAAUUGGGAAUGGUAUCCUUCACUUCCUAAACGGUUGUGUACUAUUACUGCUGAGAGUGGUAUUUCAAUGGUGACUAAAACUGAAUCCACGCAAAACAGUGUUCCUGGUAGGAAGAGAGAAGCAGUUGAAGAGCUCGCUUUCUCUGUAACAUUCCCCUUUAUUGAGGGCACUUGCAGCCUCCAGGUCCUUUAGGAUACCUAAAUAGCAAUGGCUAUU